AUGUCUGCCGCUUUGGACAAGUCUUUAGACGACAUCAUCUCCUCCACCAGAAAGGCCAAGAAGGUCGCCAACAAGAAGAAGGCCGUUGGCAAGGGUGUUGGAAAAGUGCAGAAGAAACAGGUUGUUUCUUUCAAGAAAGACAAGCCAGCCACUAAAAAGGCUGCUGCCCCUGCUGUGGACUUGUCUUACGCCACCAAGGUGGUUGCUCAAGGCUUGCCAAGAGACUUGAAGCAGCAAAAUGUUAAGGUAUGUUAG